AUGAACAAGAUAAGUUCGCUCGCCAGGGAAUUCAGAAGAGUAUUGAAAAAGAAAAAUGACAACAGAAACCAGUCGUCUAUAUUAAGAAACAUAAAAAUACAAAACAUUUACGCAAAUGAUAAAUUUAACAAAAGGGAACAUUACGUUUAUUUUAAGGAGUAUGACAUAAAAACAAACGAUUCCAGCCACGCACGUGUUUCCAAAACGAAAAGAUUGUUCAGUAGCGCAAGAUGUAAAUACAAAAAUGCUCUUCUCUUUGCUACCAUCGGAUCCACCAUAGGGAUAGUUUCCUUCGUGUUUUUUAUAUCACCACAAUGGAAUGAUUACAACUACUGA